UUUUUGUCAUCAUGAAAGGAGGUAAAUCCAAGGGGAAAGCUGAUAACAAGCUCGGAGUGAAGAAGAGCGCUGCCCAGACUAAAAAGGAGAAGAAUGCUGCCAAGGAUCCAAACAAGCCUAAGAGGCCAGCAAGUGCUUUCUUCGUUUUCAUGGAGGACUUCAGGAAGCAGUACAAGGAAAAACAUCCAGGCAACAAGUCUGUUGCUGCUGUUGGCAAGGCCGGUGGUGACAAGUGGAAACACUUGACUGAUGCUGAGAAAGCUCCUUACAUUGCUAAGGCUGAGAAACGAAAGGCUGAGUAUGAGAAGCUUAUGGAUGCUUACAACAGAAAACAGGCUGGUGAGGCUGAAGAAGAUGAGGAAUCUGACAAGUCAAAGUCUGAGGUUGAUGAGGAAGAUGGAAGUGAUGAGGAAGAAGAGGAUGAUGACUGAAGUGCUAAUGGAGGAGUAAAUUGGUGGGGAAGCUGUGUAAUACCUUAGAUAUUUCUCUAUAUGAUGACUCCUUACUUUUCCCCGUUAAAUACUUGCUCUUUUUUUGGUUUAUUUUGGGGUUUCUUAGGUAUGGGAAAAAGAUGAAUUAGAUCAGAGCUAUCUUUAAAGCUCAGUGGCUUAUGUACUUUUUAUUCUGAUGCUGGUGUUGCUUAAUGAUAAUGCAACUUUUUAGGCAA